UGGCCGCGCUCCUGGACGGACGGUCCGGAGCGCCGGGGAUAAGUCACUUGGCCAAGGUGACUUCGCAGCCGAGCCCCAGCUCCGAAGUCCCGGCUCCAGCCCCUGCCCUGCCCGCACCGGCGCUCCCGCGGCCAACGCUUCUCCUGCGAGCACUGCGGCUGCACCCCGCUUUGCCCCGCUCCUGCGCUGCCCGGCGAGCGGGGACCGCGCUGCCUGCCUGCCCGGGACCGGGGGAUGGCCGCGGGGAGGCCGUGCACUGCUUCAGCGCCAGCACGCCCGCCGACAGGUUUGCACAUCUUCGCCAUCGCCUUCGCCUUGGAGGUGUCGGUGGGGAAGACCAACACGGUGACGGCUCUGAAUAACUCCAAUGUCCUGCUGCCCUGUGUCUUCUCCACCUGCAUAGGCUUCCAGGACCUGAUCUUCACAUGGUAUUUCAACUCAACAGAGCUGAUUUACCACGGCAAGAUAAAGAACAAAGCCACGGAGCCCACCCUCAUCUGGCACAACCCGCGGGUGGAGUUUGUCGGCUCCACCACCAAGAAGGAAAACAACAUCUCCAUCGUGCUGAACAGCGUGGAGUUCAGCGAUGCUGGCAAGUACACCUGCCACGUCAAGAACCCCAAGGAGAGGAACGCCCAGCACAACGCCACCAUCUUCCUCACCGUGGUCCAUAAGAUGGUGGAGACGGACAACACUGUGACACUCAUCAUCGUGGGCGUGGUGGGGGGGCUCAUCGGCCUCCUCAUCCUCUUCAUGCUCAUCAAGAGGGUGGUCCUGUUCAUCAUCAAGAAGACGCAGGAUGGGAAGAAGGAGUGUCUGGUGAGCUCGUCAGGGAACGACAACACCGAGAACGGCCUGGCCGGCUCCAAGGCGGAACAAAAAGCACCACCAAAGGCAUGAACGAAGCAGCGGCGCCCCGCGCCCGCCUUGCCCCGCCGCGGGAGCCCGGGCACGGGACGAGCCUUCCCCUUUUGUUUUCUUUCCGAACUGCCAGCGCUUGAGACAUGUUUCUAUUACACACGUGCCUGCAACCUGCACUGCUUCUCGGACAAGGCUGCGGCUGCUGGGGGGACUGGGAGCUUCUCGCGGACUCAGACUGGGAGGCUGCUGGGGCACAGGGAGCCGCCGGCUCGGCUCUGAGCACAGGCAAGAGGGUGCCGGGCAGGCAGGGCAGGGCAGGGGCC